AUGACGUGGGAUACCACCUUCGACCCUCGCUUCCACGAGCCAUAUACUAUCCAAGAGAAAGAUACAGCCCCAUCGCCAUUACGCAUGCAAGACCCAGUAUCCAGACCCCGAACUCUGGCCGAGGAGCUGUUAGCCUGUGGGGAGCUAGAUGUCUUUGAGAACGUGGUCGCUGCGCGGGUCAAAGCAAAGCCAGAAGCCGAGCCGGAUAACCGGGCAAUCUCUGCGACCAUUCCUCCGACCAUUCCGAUCAUCUCCUCGGCUGAUAUUUCUGCUAACUUUACCAGUGGCCUCUGGGACUCCGUGCUGUCACUGUCGGAGAUGUUGACGGCGCUGGCUUCGGUUGGCAGUCGGUGA